AUGGUGGUACUCGAGGGUGGCGGUGCGCUGCUCGAGCCGGCGCUGGCUCUGGACGGUGCGGCCGCUGCGUGUCUCGAGCGUGCCUAUGCACAAGCGGAUGUUUCCUUAAAACUGUUACCAAAACGUUAUAUUAACUUGCACCAGUGGUUAUCCCCUGUGACUACUUCGGUGACGGCUGCUGCGGCGGCUGGAAAGGAUCUCAAAUUACAAAUUCAACUCUUCCGAUCACAACAAGCGGCCGCAGCCGGUGGACAGGCGGCUGCGGCGCAGCUACAGCUGCUGCAACAACAGCAGCAACAACAGUUUCAAUUGCAACAACAACUGGCCGCUCAGCAGGCUUUCACACAGGCGCCGUACGUUAUAAACGCGGGACAAGAGGGAGCGCCUUACGUGAGUGCACUGAUCGCGGGCGUGCCACCUUACUACGGCGUAGCGCCAUGGGGCGUGUACCCCGGCCUGGUCGCGCAGCCCGCGCAGCAGCAGGCGCAGCAGCCGCGCCGGCCGCUCACGCCGCAGCAGGGCGAGCAGCAAGUGAACGGUCAAGGACAGUACGUGAUCCCGUACUACGAUCCGAGCUCUCUAGUGAUGGGCGGGCGCAACGGCACGCCGCUGCGGCUGGUGUCGCCGGGCGGCGUGCUGGCUCCGCGGCAGUACCCGCCGGCGCCCGCGCCAACGCACCCCGCCGCCACGCCUGCGCCGCCCGCCUCCGCGCAGGCGCAACAGCAGCAGCAGCAACCUGGCGGGGUUUCGACUCGACGCGACUCGCUGGAGUUCGGCGGGGGCGGCGCGCUGCACGAGUACGCGCGCAAGUGGGGGCCCUCGCCGCUGUCGCCGCCGCUGGGCGCCGCGCUCGGGCCCGCGCUCGGCCCCGUCGGCCUGCGCCCCGUGUCCGCCGCGCCCGGCGCUGAGACCGCCAAGUACAGAGCCGUCAGCAGUUUAGCACAAGGCUUAACGUCAAAUGGAGGAAUGUUCGGAUCAUCAUCAUCGUUAUUGAGCAAACUCAGUGGAGUCGGAACUAUCUCAGAAUUAGUGGGCGGAGGCGUGGGCGGUGUGGGCGUGGGAGUGGGCGUGGGCGUGAGCUCUGUGGGCGCGCUGGUGGCGGGCGACAAGCCGGCGGCGGGCCGCUCCCGCCUGCUCGAGGACUUCCGCAACAACCGCUUCCCCAACCUGCAACUGCGCGACCUCGCCAACCACAUCGUAGAGUUCUCGCAGGAUCAACAUGGCUCUAGGUUUAUACAACAAAAGUUAGAAAGAGCAACAGUUCAAGAGAAACAAAUGGUAUUCAAUGAAAUAAUCGGCGCCGCCUAUAGCCUAAUGACCGAUGUGUUCGGCAAUUAUGUGAUUCAAAAGUUUUUCGAAUUCGGCACCACGGAACAGAAAACAACGCUAGCUCAAAAGAUAUUGCAGGUGCGCGGGCACGUGUUGGCGCUGGCGCUGCAGAUGUACGGCUGCCGCGUCAUACAGAAGGCGUUGGAGUCCAUCCCCGCCGAGCAGCAGCAGGAGGUGGUGCGCGAGCUCGACGGGCACGUGCUCAAGUGCGUCAAGGACCAGAACGGCAACCAUGUGGUGCAGAAGUGCAUAGAGUGCGUGGAGCCGACGGCGCUGCAGUUCAUCAUCAACGCGUUCGCGGGGCAGGUGUACGCGCUGUCCACGCACCCGUACGGCUGCCGCGUCAUCCAGCGCAUCCUGGAGCACUGCACGGCGGAGCAGACGGCGCCCGUGCUCGGCGAGCUGCACGCGCACACCGACCAGCUCAUCCAGGACCAGUACGGCAACUACGUGGUGCAGCACGUGCUGGAGCACGGCGCGCCCGAGGACCGCGCGCGCCUCGUGGCUGCCGUGCGCGGCAAGGUGCUGCAGCUGUCGCAGCACAAGUUCGCCUCCAACGUGGUGGAGAAGUGCGUCACGCACGCCACGCGCAACGAGCGCGCUCUGCUCAUCGACGAGCUGUGCGGCUUCAACGACAACGCGCUGCACGUCAUGAUGAAGGACCAGUACGCCAACUACGUGGUGCAGAAGAUGAUCGACGUGGCCGAGCCCACGCAGCGCAAGGUGCUCAUGCACAAGAUCCGGCCGCACAUCGGCUCUCUGCGCAAGUACACGUACGGCAAGCACAUCAUCGCCAAGCUGGAGAAGUUCUUCAUGAAGGCGCCGGAGCUGGGCCCCAUCGGGCCGCCGCCGCCCAACCCGGUCCUG